GAUUUUAUGUGUUUAUUUCCGACAUACGUCAUUACAUCUUUUAUUGUGCUGCUGCAAGUUCGCAUCGCAGGCAUAGCCAUGCUUCAUUGUUUUAUUUGGUAGCGUUUGGAUUUUAUUCUCACUGGCGUGCGGGGGGAACUGAGCUAUCAUUAGGCCGUCUCUGCAGAAUGGACAAAGCCCUUCUCCCUGGCCCCAGCGACAUCGUGAUGACCACGCCGGCCAGCUCCUUCCAGCCUCAGCCCGUCACCCCCCCUCGCCCCGGACACUCGCUCAAGCCCAACCAGGUGGGCCAGGUCAUCCUGUACGGGGUGCCCAUCGUGUCGCUGGUGAUCGACGGCCAGGAGCGCCUCUGCCUGGCGCAGAUCUCCAACACCCUGCUCAAGAACUACAGCUACAACGAGAUCCACAACCGGCGGGUGGCGCUGGGCAUCACGUGCGUGCAGUGCACCCCGGUGCAGCUGGAGAUCCUGCGCCGGGCGGGCGCCAUGCCCAUCUCCUCCCGCCGCUGUGGCAUGAUCACCAAGCGCGAGGCCGAACGCCUCUGCAAGUCCUUCCUGGGCGAGAACGCGCCGCCCAAGCUGCCCGACAACUUCGCCUUCGACGUGUCGCACGAGUGCGCCUGGGGCUGCCGCGGCAACUUCAUCCCCGCCCGCUACAACAGCUCGCGCGCCAAGUGCAUCAAGUGCUCCUACUGCAACAUGUACUUCUCCCCCAACAAGUUCAUCUUCCACUCGCACCGCACGCCCGAGGCCAAGUACACCCAGCCCGACGCCGCCAACUUCAACUCCUGGCGCCGGCACCUGAAGCUGUCCGACAAGACCCCGCCGGACGACCUGGCCUUCGCCUGGGAGGACGUGAAGGCCAUGUUCAACGGGGGCAGCCGCAAGCGCGCCCUGCCGUCUGGCCACUGCUCGGCGCUGGGAGCCGGCAAGGCCAGCUCCGUCCUGCCCCACAUGCUCUCCGCCGACCCGGGCCAGAAGAGGGGCCGCUUUGAGGAGGACGACGACAUGGACGGCGGCAGCUUGUCGCCCGGUAAGAACGCGCGCAGCUACCCGGUCAUCCCCGUGCCCAGCAAGAGCUUCAGCAUGCUGCAGAAGUUCCCCACGGCCUCGCUGUUCCCCAGCCCCUACACCUUCCCCGCCUUCAGCCUCUGUCCGCAGAAGAAGGACGACGGCGAGGCGCCGGGCGCGCAGAAGAGUGCCGGGCUGUCCGGCCUCCUGUGGCCCGGCCGAAAAGACGCCUUCUACCCCCCCUUCUGCAUGUUCUGGCCCCCCAGGGCCGCCGGCGGCCUGCCCGUCCCCACCUACCUCCAGCCGCAGCCCAACACGCUCACCUCCCUCGCCGAGAGCCCCGGACUGCGCCAGGCCUUCCUGGACCUGUCGGAGCAGGGCGAGGUGGGGCCCAGCCUGAACGCGGCCCCCCGGUCGGGGCUGUUCGAGGGCGACUGCACCCCCCUGGGCCCCAGCGUGCAGCCGGCCUCGGACAGCUGGCUGAAGCUGCUGGACGCCCCCUCUCUGCAGGCCAGGAAGGCCAGCUACCAUUCGGCCUUCCGGCCGGUGGUGAAGGACGCGGAAAGCAUCGCCAAGCUGCACGGCGGUCUGGAGGACCUGGGCCCGGACCGGCACCCCUCCCCCGGCACCAGCUGCAGCUACCCCAGCGAGAGCGGCGACAGCGAGGAGGAGCAGGAGGUGGACGUGGAGACCAAGCAGGACGAGGAGGAGGACGGCAGCUUCGGGGGCCGGCCGCAGGAGGACCGCUCCCUGCACCUCCAGGGACUGCGCGGGACGGACGAGCGGGAGCGGGGCCUCUUUCCCAGCGCCUCCCCGGGAAGCGUGCCGGAGAAAGCGGGCCAGACUGCGGCUCCAGCUGCCGUGCGGAAAGACCCCAGCCCCAUUCCCGCUCUGCUGGAGGACGCGGCCUACAAACAUGCUCAGAAACCCCAGGCCGAUGGACAGACAGCGUUCACAUCCAAAGAAAAUUGCAGCUUUCCAGAUGAAAACAAAGAGGAGAGAAACUUCUUUGUCUCCGACAGGGACCCCUCAGGCCCAGAGUACUGGAGAGAGACUGGCGUUGAUCAGUGUCAAGAAGCACGUUCACCUGCGCCCCUUAAGAAAGAUGUUGAAUGCAUGGAGAAAGAAGAACUUCAGAAGGUUCUCCUGGAGCAGAUUGACUUGCGGAGGAGGCUGGAGCAGGAGUUUCAUGCACUUAAGGGAAACUCCACCUUUCCUGUGUUUCAUAACUUCCAAGACCAGAUGAAAAGAGAGCUGGCGUACAGGGAAGAGAUGGUACAGCAGCUACAGAUGAUUCCCUAUGCAAAUAUCCUCCGAAAAGAGAAACUUGGUACAAAUUUCAACAAGACCUAAAAGGACGCCAGGCCAAAAACACCAAAUGACUGCAAAAAAGAAAAAGAAAAAAGAAACAAAAACUGUCUCGACCCAGAGUUUUGUGAAUAACUGGGACACUAAGCAUCUGAAGAAAAAUGAAGAUUUGCAACAACAGCGAUCUUGACCUGGUUUCUCCCGAAUCUGGGAUUCUUCUUUGCGUAAGGACAUGACUAAGAGGGACAGACCUGGCCAAGGUGGUCAGAGCACAGACAAUGGUCACAUACUCUCCGCACCAACCUCCUGGAUGCCCUGUCCCUCAAACCAAGAGACAGGAGGGACUCUGAUCCACUUUUCUGCAACCAAACAGACCCAACUUAUUUUCCUUAAACUUCUCUCUGUACACUGAUCAAUUUUCUCUUUUUAUUGUAUAUUGAAACUAACUCUCCAAAA